AUGUCGUCUGGGUUCGUAUCUGCCGGAACGGAUCAGGAGCCAAUCGAACGCGACGAUGAAUGGCGUCGUGUGCAAAAUGAGCUCGAGGAGGAGCGAAAGCGCAAAGCAGAGCUAGGGAGGCAGGAAGAUGGCAAAAGCUUAUACGAAGUACUGCAGCAGAACAAAAUGGCCAAGCAGGAAGCUUUCGAAGAGAAGAUCAAGUUGAAGAAUCAAUUCCGUUCGCUGGACGAAGACGAAGUCGAAUUCCUCGAUUCCAUCAUGGAGUCCACCCGGGCUAAGGAAGCUGCGGUCAAGAAGGAGACUGCCGAACAGCUUGAGUUGUUCCGUCGACAGCGGGAAGAAGCAGAGAAAGCUUUACUGGAGGAUACAUCUGCGGAUGUCGCACCGGUCGCUGAAGGAGAGGACUGGAAAAUUCCUGCCCGCAAGAGACGCCGAGAGAAGAGCAAAGACCUUCUCAUACCUGGCAAAAAGCGCAAGUCUCUUGGAGGUGACAAUACUGGAAACCUUGCGACAGAACUAAGUGCGGACAAAGAAUCCAGGAAUACUGUCCCUGAAAGCAUGCCGGAGUCAGCGCAAGAGAAGCCGGAAGUGCCAAAGCAACCAAUUAUAUCUCCUGGAGCAAAAAAGCCUGUACAGGAUUCAAAACCAAGUCCAAAACAGACUGCAUCGAACACAACAGCAAAAGCACCUUCAUUAUCCCUUGGAUUAGCCGACUACGGCUCAGAUUCAGAAUGA